CGAGGUCAGAAGGAUGGAUGGCCUCAGUGCCAGAGGCAGCACUGGGGGCCAAGGCGCUGCCACUGUCGGGCAUACGGAGGGACACUGCGUUGAUGUUGACAAAGCACUACAGGCACAGCAUCAAACCGAACUACGCGGGAUGGUGAGGGAGAGCGCUCAGGAUCUACUGUACAGCUCAGGGAGACCUUCAUGCAUCUUUCCCGUGCUGCCACCAGCCGGCUGCUACAAGUAGUGGCUCUGCCUUGAUCCUUAGGGGGUCCUCUCUGGGACAUUACUAUGCUGCUUUUCACCUGGAAGGAUUACAGUGGCAAAUACCUCGAUGUCUACUACAUCCCAUGAGGACUCGCCCGAGGAGGCUGAGCUGGAAAAACUGAUCUGUGAACACCCCCGGUGUUGCUUCGAAACCAGAGGCAGUCACAAAGCUGCUCUCGGCCAUCUCUGCACAGAGCAGGAGCACCCCACCAGGUCCCACCUGCUGCCCUGCUCUGACAGGGCUGCGAGUGGAGGCAGUGGGGGGCUCAUGCCCCAUCAGCUUGUGCUUCCUCCUGUGGCUGCUGCUGCCCCUCACUCGAGAUGGGGUAGCUACAGCGAGGGGCAUGCAGGAGUAUGGGGCAGGAUACGGCCCAUGAGCCUUUCUGGCAGGCUGCUCCUCUUAGGGGACACAUAGACCUGGCGACUUGUCACUGCACGACCCUGUGAGCCUGACACAGUGAUGCGGCUUAGUGGGAGCUUUUAAUGUGCGGUGGAGUGGUGCAUGAACGGUUUGUCAUGCAGAGCCGUCAGGGCCGGAGGAUGCUUAGGACCCAGGGGAAGCGCUGGAGAGCCUGGCUGGCUGGGCUUGGAGGAGCUCCUGCCUCCCCGGCCAGGACUUCUCAGGUGUCCUGGUACGGCGGCGCUGAGCCAGGCGAGCUGGGCCCUCCUGGCAGCUCCCCCUUCCCCACGUCCAUGCCCAUCCUCUGAGCCCCCCUGGGCACCCAUGAGCUCGCCCAGGGACUGCUCCGCACCAUGAAUGACCAGUACCACCGAGCAGCCCGGGACGGCUACCUGGACCUCCUGAAGGAAGCCACCAAGAAGGACUUGAACUCUCCGGACGAGGAUGGCAUGACCCCGACCCUAUGGGCCGCCUACCACGGCAACCUGGACGCCCUGCGCCUCAUUGUCAGCAGAGGGGGCGAUCCAGACAAAUGUGACAUCUGGGGGAACACCCCUCUCCACCUGGCAGCAGCCAACGGCCACCUGAACUGCCUUUCCUUCCUCAUCUCUUUUGGGGCCAACAUCUGGUGCCUAGACAAUGACUACCACACCCCGCUGGACAUGGCAGCCAUGAAGGGGCACAUGGAGUGUGUGCGAUACCUGGACUCUAUUGCUGCCAAGCAGAGCAGCCUUAACCCCAAGCUGGUGAGCAAACUGAAGGACAAGGCCUUUCGGGAUGCAGAGCGGAGGAUUAAGGACUGCGUGAAGCUGCAGAAGAAGCACCAUGAAAGGAUGGAGAAGCGGUACAGAAAGGAGAUGUCGGAUAAUUCGGAUACCAUGAGCUUCUCCAGCUAUUCGAGUAGCACCUUAAGCAAGAAGUUCCAACACAUGUCUAUGGUGACUUCCCUGCCAUACUCACAAGCCACCAUCCAUGGCACAGCCAAGGGAAAGACGAAAAUACAAAAGAAGCUAGAGAAGAAGAAGCAGGUGGAUGGGACGUUCAAGAUCUACGAGGAUGGGAGGAAAAGCGUGCGGUCUCUGUCUGGUCUGCAGCUGGGGAAUGAUGUCAUGUUUGUGAAGCAGGGCACAUAUGCCAGCCCUAAGGAGUGGACUCGGCGUAAUAUCAGAGACAUGUUCCUCACAGAUGAAGACACUGUCUCCCGUGCCAUAAGUGACCCGGGUUUGCACAUGGACUCAGCCCACUCGGAAGUCAGUACCGACUCUGGCCACGACUCCUUGUUCAACCGCCCCGGGCUGGGCACCAUGGUGUUCCGGCGCAACUAUGUCAGCAGCGGGCUUUUUGGGAUCGGCCGGGAGGACGCUGGUGGGAUGGGUGAAGACAGCGCAGACGGGAUGGGUGUCAAACUGCGGAGCCGCCUGCAGCGCUCGCCAAGUCUCAACGAUAGCAUUGGCAGUGCCAACAGCCUGCAGGAGAGGAACGCGGAGGAGCUACCCUGGGAUGAGGUGGAGCUGGGCUUAGAUGAUGAUGAUGAACCAGAGACCAGCCCCUUGGAGACUUUUCUGGCUUCCCUGCACAUGUUUGAGUUUAUCUCCAUCUUGAAGAAGGAAAAGAUUGACUUGGAGGCCCUCAUGCUAUGUUCAGACAAUGACCUGAAGAGCAUCAAUAUUCCAUUGGGCCCCAGGAAAAAGAUUGUGGAUGCCAUCCAGAGGAGACGACAGACUCUGGAGAAGCCAGAUGUCAUUGUAGACACUGAACUGUAAGUAGGAGAUGGGGCCUCUGAGCGAUUAAACCCUUCAGCAGGUGGAGAUGUGGAUAAUGUAAGAUCUUGUUUUCAAUCCACUUGGAAGAGUAGGAGUCCAGGUAACUUCAGUCUCCUGUGUGUGGGCAAAUUCCUGCUCGUGUGGAAACGAUGAGAGUUCGGAGAGGUGGCAAUAGUGUUAGUUCAUUACUCAACAGCUCUGAUGUGGCUGGGCAGGACACGAAGCCCUUGUUUUGUUUCAUAACCUAUAUGAAUGCAGACUGCUCUGUGGUCUGAUUCUUCUGAGUCCCUGUAGCUGAGAUUUUCAACCAUGCUCAGGCUUGUCUUGACUCUUCACCUUUUGAAGGCAUUAAGAAAUAAACCACAAUUCCUGGUGGGAGCAGGCUGACGGCAGUGCCCAGUGGCAUUGGGAAUCCUUCCCCAAAUGCUUGAGAUCUUACUCAGACCUUUGGAGAUUGCAUAUCUGGGUUGGAGUUGUUGCCAUUUUAUGGCGUUUCCAGGUUGGUUUGGUUCAAAGGAUCAUGUGACUGCUGUAGAGGUGAAGGGAAAGCACUGGUGUGGGUCUCCCCACUGUCACGUCCACUGACACCCCAAUCCACUGUGUUGUUUGUGCUUCCCAGCCUCUGAAUAUCUGUGUGCUUCUUGCUGCUUUUUCAGGCUUUCAGUACAGCUCAGUCUUGGAUCCUGAAGGUGCUGACAGAUUUUUCUCUUUCC